AUGGUCUCUGCAAGCUUAUCAGGCAUAGCAGGAGCCAUUCUUGCACCAAUAUUGCCUCAGUUAGCUCUGGACAAAUUACUCAAAGCUUUAGUGAAGUAUCUUUCUGGAGAUGAGCCAUCAGAAUCAUCCUCUACCGAAGUUGAUAAACUUCGACAACUGGAGAAUGAACGGGAAGCCUUGGAAGAUGCCAAUCUGAAGCUAAAGAUAAUGCAAAGUGAAGUCAGGAAGUUGCACAAACGAGAUAAACAAAAUAUGAGGUUGAUUCUUAUCAACAACAAACUCAGAGAUGUGAGUUAUGAGAUUCAAGACUUGGAAGAUGAUUUGGAGUACAUGGAGCUGCAGCAAAAGGUGGAGGAGAUCAACAUGCAGGAUGAAACCCAGAUGAGUCAAUCUAGACGACGAAAACGCUUGUCUUGGUUUUCUUGGAUAACAGGACAAUCAAGUGAUAAAAGACGUCGGCUUUCUUCAUCCAAGUCCUUGAAGCUGUCCACAGAUGAUCUAGUGAAUAAGAUGAGGAAUAUUGUAAAACAAAUUAAUUGCAUUGAUUCAGAGAUGAAUACUGAGAUUAAGGUGGAUGAGUUGCUUAAGCAAAUAGCCUUGAAUGGUGUUUAUGAUCCUUGGGGAGGACAGCAUCAAGUGAAAGAAAACCAAGGACGUGUGACAACUUCAUCAAUAAAUGAAAGGAAGAUAUAUGGCCGAGAUGGUGACAUUAAAAGGUUGACAGCUUUGCUAACAAAACCAAUUAACGCUGUUGGCAAUAAUAUUUCAGUUGUAUCAAUACGUGGGAUGGGUGGUAUCGGCAAAACAGCUUUAGCACAAUGUGUGUUUAACAGCCAAGAAAUCGAAGAUUAUUUUGACAGCAAAGUAUGGGUUUGUGUUUCAGACAAUUAUGAUAGAUUCAGAAUCAUCAAAGAGAUUAUAGAUUCACUUUCUAUUGAUGAUGAUAACACAAACUUGGCAUAUGAUACUACUAGUAAUUUGGAUCUUCUUGAGACUAAACUAAGAAAGAAAAUAAGAGGAAAAAAGUUUCUGCUGGUGCUGGAUGAUGUUUGGUCUGUUGAAUGGCAACAACUCCUUGGCUCACUCCAAUCUGCACAGAUGGAGCUUGUUAAAGUCUUGGUGACUUGCAGAGAUCCUAAAGUAUUACGGAGUCUAGAUGGAAUUAAUCGAAUUGUUUUGGAAGAUAAAAAUCCUGACAAUUAUUCGAAAAAAUUACAUAAUAUAGGUAAGCAGAUAGUGAGAAAGCUGAAUGGAUCACCAUUAGCAGUGAAAACAGUGGGAAGACUCUUAGGAUGCAGUUUGACUGAAAAACAUUGGAAGGAUGUGUUGGAGAAUUUCAAAUAUGAUAUGAACAAUGUUAUAGACAUGUGGAUAGCCCAUGGCUAUAUACAAGAAAAUGGAAGUAGCUCAAAGACAAUGAAAGAUAUUGGAAAAGAGUAUUAUGCUGAACUAGAAGCUAUGUCUUUGAAGUCCAAGAAGAAGUGCUUGAAGCUCUUCAACCUCAUCCCACUUUAA